AUGCACAAGGAGGCUUGCUCUGUCUUCUUGAAGAACAGCAAGAGGAUCUGCCCCCAUUUCUUGCACUACAGGUCGGAACUUCACAUCCCUGCCUCGGUGGCGAUAUUGACAAGCAUUUGUCAGGUUCCAAGCAUCGACGAGGACCCUGAGGGAUGGUUCGAGGCUGUGGACCUCUCAGUAAGAGCAGGGGAGGGAACUCUCAAUCAACGCGAAGUGCUCGAGGUCCUCAAGGCUCAGCUACCCCUUGAUGCGCAACGUCUGGAAGAGGCUUCUGACGGUCUUCUUGCUUGUAUUCGUCGAGACUUCUACCGCGACGUGGAGCGCGAGGCUCGGAUUCCGGAUGUGCGGGAGAACAAGGAAGAGUGGUUCGACUACUGGGACUACGACAAGAGCGGAACCCUGGAGCAGGAGGAGAUUGUUAGAGCGCUGAUCAAGACAUUCCGGCUAAGCGAUGACAGAUCACGAAUCGAACAGAUGCGCAGUGUCGUUUCGGCGGUUUGGGGAAUAUUCGAUCCGAACAACAGCGGAGGAAUCGACAAGGAUGAGUUCGUUGCUCGAGAUGGACUAGCAGGUAAGGGAGGAGGAAGCUGA